CAAAAACACAAACAACUUAUAAUAAUUCAUUAUUUUCUCCAAACCCUUAUCCAUUCCCAACCAAACAACCUUAUUUUUCAACCAAACCGCGGCGACACACCGCCGAUUCAACUCCCAUUCCUUUUUCCAACCAACAAACACAACUACUUCCAUUCUCUUUCCUUCUUCUUCAAUUCUUCCAUGGCUUCUCUCUCUAUUUUCCUUCCCCUCUUUUUCUCUCUCCUCUCCGUUACUUCUUCCUCCCCAAAUUCCCUCCUCCUCCCCAUCACAAAAGACACCACAACACAACAAUACUUAACAACGAUUUCUCAUGGUACACCUUUUGUUUCCACCAACGUUGUUGUUGAUCUAAGUGGUUCAGGUUUCUGGCUUGAUUGUUCUUCCAGAAAAUCAUCUUCUUCUCUCCGUACAAUUCCUCACCGUUCUCUUCAAUGUCUCGCCGCAAAAAGCCACUCUCAAACAUGGCCUAUAGAUCAAGAUCAAGACUCCCCUUGUGAAAUUCUUCCCAAAAACACCAUCACAGGUAAAUCAGCAACUGAAGGAGUUCUUGUAGAAGAUGUUAUGAAACUGAAGUCAACCAAAGAUUCAAUUUUUGACUUUUUAUUUACCUGUUCAUCUUCUCUUCUGUUGAACGGUUUAUCAAAUGAUGCUAAAGGCAUUGUUGGGUUUGGUAGAUCUAGAACUUCUUUCUCAUCACAGUUUUUCAAUUCAGUUAAUUCACAAAGAAAAAUCACUUUUUGUCUCUCUUCUUCUUCUGGGGUAGUUCUACUUGGUCAAAACAACGUUUUAGAAUCUGAAAUUUUCAGAUCUUUAACGUUCACACCACUUGUCACCAACCAAAACAAUGAAUAUUUCAUCAACGUUAACUCAAUCAAAAUCGGUGGCAAAAAGGUUUCUUUCAACACUCCAUCUUUGUCUCAAAAGGGUUCUGGUUAUGGUUAUGAUGGAACUAAGCUGAGUUCUGUUGUGCCUUAUACAACCAUGCAAAGUUCAAUCUAUUCAAAUUUCAAAAGUGCUUUCUUAAAAGCUGCUUUAUCUAUGAACAUGUCUAGAGUUGCUUCAUCAGUGUCUCCGUUUGAUGUUUGUUUUGAUUCUAGAGGAGUUGAUGAGUCACAAAGUGGUCCUAUUGUGCCUGUUGUUGAUUUUGUGCUGCAAAGUGAGAUGGUGAAAUGGAGAAUUCAUGGAAGAAACUCAAUGGUGAGAGUGAAUGAUGAUGUAAUGUGUUUGGGAAUUUUGGAUGGUGGUGAUGAGCAGAAGAAUCCUAUUGUAAUUGGAGGGUAUCAAAUGGAAGAUGUUUUGGUUCAACUAGAUUUGGAUAGUUCUAUGGUUGGAUUUAGUUCUUCACUUUUGAUUAAGGAUUCUAGUUGUUCUAAAUUUAGAUUUGGGUCAAAGGAUAUUCAGUUUCAAUCUAGUUGAAGAAAUUACUAUGGUUAGAAAUUAUAAUAUAAUAGAGGAGACAUAUCAAUAUCAUAUAGGUUUUUUGUUAGGUUAUGGUGAAUUGUGAGAAGUAUUCUCAGUUUUGUAAUCACUUUUUUUGGUGUAUGUGAUGUGAAUAUGGCCUUGGAAUUUUUGGUUAAGUGCUUUUUGAUAUUGGAAUUGAAUUAUUCCUUCUAAUUGUAAGCUUUAUUUUAUCAAUUAUUUAUCAAAUAAAAAGGUUGAUGGGUUGAGUUA